CUACGUGCGCGCCCCUUUACUUCCCGGAGCCCUAGCGUGAGGAGCAUCUAGUCUUUAAACCUGUUGUGAGGCAAUCCUUGGUAGCACUGACAAGAUGCCCAGGGAAGACAGAGCUACGUGGAAGUCCAACUACUUUCUUAAAAUCAUUCAAUUAUUGGAUGACUUUCCAAAAUGCUUCAUUGUGGGGGCGGACAAUGUUGGUUCAAAACAAAUGCAACAGAUCCGUAUGUCCCUGCGUGGGAAGGCUGUGGUUCUGAUGGGAAAGAAUACAAUGAUGCGCAAAGCUAUCCGUGGACACUUGGAAAAUAACCCAGCUUUGGAAAAGCUUCUCUCUCACAUCAAAGGGAAUGUGGGCUUUGUAUUCACCAAGGAGGAUCUUGCAGAAGUCCGAGACAUGUUGCUGGCUAACAAGGUUCCAGCCUGUGCUCGUGCUGGAGCAAUUGCACCUUGUGAUGUGACAGUGCCUGCUCAGAAUACUGGCUUGGGCCCUGAGAAGACCUCCUUUUUCCAAGCCUUGGGUAUAACCACGAAAAUCUCCAGAGGAACAAUUGAAAUUUUGAGCGAUGUGCAGCUGAUCAAAACUGGAGAUAAAGUAGGUGCCAGUGAAGCCACGCUCUUGAACAUGUUGAACAUCUCACCCUUCUCCUUUGGAUUAAUCAUCCAGCAAGUUUACGACAAUGGUAGCAUCUAUAGUCCUGAGGUGCUGGAUAUCACUGAGGAGGCUCUGCACGCCCGCUUCCUGGAGGGUGUUCGUAAUGUGGCUAGCGUUUGUCUUCAGAUUGGCUACCCCACAAUUGCCUCGGUACCUCACACUAUCAUCAAUGGGUACAAGCGUGUCUUGGCUAUUGCUGUGGAAACAGAAUACAGUUUCCCGUUGGCAGAAAAGGUCAAGGAAUUCUUGGCAGACCCAUCAGCUUUUGUUGUUGCUGCUCCAGUUGCCGCGGCUGCUUCUGCCCCUGCUGCUGCAGCACCUGCCCAGGAGGAAAAGGAAGAGUCUGAAGAAUCAGAUGAUGAUAUGGGAUUCGGUCUAUUUGACUAAACAUGUCUCAUUUUCCAGCCUAACAAAUAAAGAAAAUUACAACCUGA